AUGGCUUGGGAUUUGCUAGGGUGGUUUAGAGACGUUUUGGCCUCUCUUGGUCUUUGGAACAAACAUGGUAAACUUUUGUUUUUAGGUUUGGAUAAUGCUGGUAAGACCACUUUAUUGCAUAUGUUGAAAAAUGACAGAUUGGCAACUUUACAACCUACAUGGCACCCAACCUCUGAAGAAUUAGCCAUUGGUAACGUCAAAUUCACGACUUUCGAUCUUGGUGGUCACGUUCAAGCACGUCGUCUAUGGAAAGACUAUUUCCCAGAAGUGAAUGGUAUUGUUUUCCUAGUGGAUGCAGCUGAUCCUGAAAGAUUUGGCGAAGCUCGUGUUGAAUUAGAUGCUCUUUUCAACAUUGCAGAAUUAAGAAACGUUCCAUUCGUCAUUUUGGGUAACAAGAUCGAUUCAGCAAAUGCUGUUUCUGAAGCAGAAUUGCGUUCUGCCCUAGGAUUGAUGAGCACUACUGGUGAUGUCAGAGUCGAAGGCCAAAGACCUGUGGAAGUGUUUAUGUGUUCCGUCGUUAUGAGAGACGGUUACGCUGAUGCAUUCCAAUGGUUAUCCCAGUACAUCUAA